GACAGAUCGCAAGCCGAGGAUGCAAACCGUCGUGAACAAUGCCACGCGCUCACUGUCAGCGCCCGUGCAGGGACCCGGGAUGCAGUCUCCCAAGCAGGACUCCCUCCACUUCGCCGCGGGGGACACGGGACUCAAGGCGACGCCGGACUCUGCGCAGGGGAACGCGUCUGCCCUCGGGGGCACUUUCCUCCUGCACGGAGGAGACCUCAGCGAGGGCUCCACCGCCUUCAGCGCGGCCACAUUUCGCCUGCUGGCCGGCGUCGUGGGCACCAUCGGAGUGGCCGGCUUCGUCAACAACCUCCUGGUCGUGGCGCUCUUCCUGGGCUUCAAGCGCCUGCAGACGCCCACGAACCUCCUGCUGGUGAACAUCAGCCUGAGCGACCUGCUGGUGUCCGUCUUCGGUAACACGCUGACGCUGGUGGCGUGCGUGCGCAGGCGGUGGGUGUGGGGCGACGGGGGCUGCGUGUGGGACGGGUUCAGCAACAGCCUCUUCGGCAUCGUGUCCAUCUCCACGCUCACGGCGCUCUCCUACGAGCGCUACGCGCGACUCAUCAAGGCGCAGGUGCUGGACUUCAGCUGGGCGUGGAGAGCGGUGACGUACACGUGGCUCUACUCGGCCGCGUGGACGGGAGCUCCCCUGCUGGGAUGGAGCCGCUACGUGCUGGAGAAGCACGGCCUCGGCUGCUCCAUCGACUGGGCCUCGAGCAACCCUCCCGACGCCGCCUUCGUGCUAUUCUUCUUCCUGGGCUGCCUGGCCGCGCCGCUGCUCGUCAUGGGCUUCUGCUACGGGCGCAUAGCACUCGCCAUCACCCAGUUCCGCUACCUGCACGUGGCGCAGGUCCAGACGGCCGGCCGCAUGGCGCAGACGCUGCGGGGUGAGUUCCGCGUGGCCCGCCUGGCGCUGCUCGUGGUCGCCGCCUUCCUGCUGUGCUGGAUGCCGUACGCGGUGGUGGCCCUACUCACGGCGGCGGGGCACGGCGACCUCAUCAGCCCGGCCACCAGCGUCAUCCCAUCGUUCUUCGCAAAGUCCAGCAUCGCCUACAACCCCAUCCUCUACGUGUUCCUCAAUAAGCGGUUCCGCAGGUGUCUGCAGGUCCUGGUGCUGCCCAAGCGCAAGCCGCGGCGCCGCGCCUCCUCGCUCGCCGAGCACAACGCGCGGUGGGGCUUCCCUCUCGCCCACCACGUGGGCAACAGCAGCGCCGCCGCCGCCGCUACUGCGCAAAGCGUCGGUGGCGACAGGCCCAGGAAGAGGGUCACCUUCAGCUCCUCGUCCGUUGUCUUCAUCAUCUUUCCCGACGACGCCGUUCAGAGGAGGGCCCAGGACGGCGCGGAAUCGGAGAGAUUCUGAUUGAAAACUAAAACUUGUUAUUCUAUCUUACCAGGUAAGGGGCCCACUGAGCUGUAUAGAUCUUUGUUUUUUUUCUCUCGAAGCGACCUGGCCACAAAUGAUAGCUCAACGGAGUGACUUAUGUGGAAAUUAAUAGCAGCCAUAUACCCUAAAUGCAUGUUUCUAAACGUGGAGGGGGAAAACGGAGGACCCGGAGAAAAAUCCACGCGACCACGGAGAGAACAUGCAACCUUCAAAUAUACAGCAGCAGGCGUCAGGGUCGGUAUGGAGCCCACAACCUCCUGUAUACCGGGCGAGGUAGUUAACAUCUCGCCACCGUGACGCCCCGAAGCAACGUGUGCGAUUGACGAGAUGGAGAUACGGAGAGAAGAAUGGGACUCACGUCAUCGAAUAUGUGCGUUGUAUUCCACGGAGCAGAAGAUAAACUCUGUCUUGUUGUACGGCGAGAUUAAGUCAGCCCAUCAUCUGUCGUCUCCCCCUUCUCCACACAAGGUCAUUAAAGUGUGUACCGCAUUGUGGAACGUUUUAAUAUAUAAAGAGACUGGUAGUGGUCAGGGCCAUGCCGUAUCAAUGUGACAUUUACACCACUGACUUUACGCCAACAAUGAGCACUUUCUUGCGAAGGGAGACUGUUUUUAAGUGAGUGUAUCCUCGUAGACAUGUCCCGUGGAUCUUUUAACGAUGAUGUCAGAACUGUUGGGGUUUUUAGAGGCAUUAUGAACCCUCCAAAGAGAAUUUUUAUUAACUGUUGGACGCAUUAAAGGAAAAUAUUAACAGAGUGUAUGAUUGUGAGCUGCGGAGAGGGAUAAUUGGCAUGUGUGCGGACGGGGUAUUCAAUAUGAUCCACACAAUGCGUGUGACUAUGCCGUCUACUACAGGGAUUGUACGCGUGUGCCCAUGCACAGAGACAAAGAUACCCCGUAUAGCAUUUAACAGACUGUUGGGGCAAGUGCUGUUAGCGAGUAGCGCUUAUGAAGGCUGGCAUGGCACACGAGGGGGUGGGUGGCCAGCACCACGCCCGGUCGCCUUUGUCUCUCUCGUGGCGAUAUUUACACACCGCACCAGGUACUCAUUUGAGAAUGAGUUGACCUAGGGAAAGCCAGGACCGGUUCAGAUAAUCGUCACUGGUGUUGGCCGUGAGCGGAAAUCGAACUCGGGUCACCAGGUUCGUAGCGCAGCGCGCUAACCGCUACACUACCGCUCCCCAUACACGCGCGCGUGCACACAUUUCUUAUUUCGUGUGGUUGGAAGUUGAUCAACAAUAUUUAUAUGCUGAUAUCGAGCGAGUAUGGAUGAGCCAGUGGACGACUUCAGUUGUAUAGCCCGAUGGCUAUCUGAAACGCUGCAAGCAUAUUACAUAAUCGAUUUCCACACCACGUUGACUUUUAUUCAUCAGCCUUGCCAAAGGCUGUUUGUCCACGUGCCGAGUGCGUGUCUGCAAGAGAAAAACAUUACACCACCUGCAGAUGACCUUGAAUUGCAUGAGAAAUGACGCGUGCGGACACGUGCAGACACUGGACAAAUUAUAAAUUUGUUAUUUUUGUGUACCUGUGACUGUUUCAUUGUUGCCAGCAGCACCGGUCACUGAAAAUGGUUUCAAAACUGCAUAACCCCCCCCUUGAGGCAGGCCAGCGGCAUGACCCCACCAGAUCGACAUCCAGAAUCUUUAUUUUUAUAUAUACUGGAGGAAUCCGAUGAGCUACUACACAGCUCUUUUUCACCGAUGUCCUGUCGGGCCGAGUCAGAAAGUUACAACAACAAACUAUACAAACAUACGAUAGGAUUGCAAAGGAUAGGAAAGCUAAGGAAAUCACAAACUAAACUAUUUUAUAUUAUUUUAUAAGCGACCUAGCCACAAACGAUAGCUCAACGAAGUGGCCUAUGGUCAUGCCACAACUACUACAAUCUACACAUAUUUCUUUUACAGCAGUUCUACUCAACGCAUACCCUGCAAUUAUGAUGUAGAAAUAUAAUCACGACGAGCACUUUGAAACCAAACAAGACUCAAGUUGUUGUACAACUGUAUUACUUGUGAAAAAUAAGAAUAGGUUUUACCCUUCGUGGCAAUAAAACAGGUGUUUAGGUGUUGAAACACCAACAGAAGCCUUUUACAAGGCUCCAAGUAUUCAUUAGCCACACGAAAUUGUGGUGAACAUGCUCUGAUGAUCAUAUAUGCAUUGUCUUUGAAACCGAUUGGCCUACGCCAGUUUCAAAGACAAUGCCAUCCAUACAUUACCAGAGCAUGUCUUUUUUGCAUGUUCACCACAGGUACGUGUGUAAUGCAGACUUGAUUCCUUGCGAAAGGUUUCUAUUUGGUCAGUUUAACACGGAGGCUUUCGCGACCAAUAUCAUCCAUAAUAGAGGUUUUUGGGUUAGAUCGCGAUCUAACCUACAAAACCUCUAUUAUGGAUAUCUAUUUGGUGUUUAAACAUCUUAACAUCUACCCGUUUUAUUGCCAGAAAGGGUAAAACCUAUUCUUAUUUUUCAUACUUUGAUACUGGCAAAAUGGUUCCAUGAUGUAUUACUUAUAUAAACACUUCAAACGUCUAUAUCCAGCUCUUUGUGAAUCCGCGUUAAUCUAUUUACUUUUAUAUAUAAACAGAUUUAACCUGGAUAAUCCUGUGAGAUGGAAUCUCUCGUUUGCAAGCGUUCGCCAUACAUAGCCGUGUAGGUCGUGGAGAAGUUUUAAACCAAACUUCACCAUCCUGUUCAUUGCGUGGUGAAGGGGUUAGAGCUGGUUGCAGGCACCGGUUCAGAUAUCACUUACCAUCAGUCAUGGUAGCCCUGGCCUGGGAUCGAACUCAUGCUGCCGCAUUCGUAGCGUAAUGCGCUAAUCAUUGCGCCACCGUUCCAUCCCAAUUACGUCUACACACACGGGAUAUAUCUAAUAUGAGAAGUCUAAGCUCGCGGAUAAGGAUAGUGUCAUUUGGAGGCGCACACAUUGCGUGCUAUCUCUUCACAAUACUCACAAAGUCCUUUUGUGAACCACCUCCACACACAUACAAUACGCGUGGUCCAUUCAUAAAUCAUAAAACCACGCCGAGCUCACACCGCCAGGAAGAAGAUAAAAUAAUAAAUUAAAGAAAUAGCAACUAUUUCUUUGCUAUUUCUUUUAUACCUGAUGAUGAUUGCUUGUGUUGCAAUCGAGACGUCGUAUUAUGCUAUUAUUUAAUUUAUUAUUUUAUCUUUAUAUACGUGACUUUACCGAAAGAACCAAAGAAUAACACACAAGGUCCUCGCCGCGCACAAAUAAACAACUGCGCCUUCAAGCGGCGCGCUUUGGCCGUCCUGUUGAACGUGUAUCGCGUCACGCGUUCGACAGGGUGCAACACAUCCACCGAGCUUAAGAAAUCGCCUUUAAAUCACUCUCGGUUUUGACAAAUUAUGCUUUCCAUUAAUUCUAGAUUUGAAGCUUUCGUGACUGCAAGGAUUCAUACUCUUAGUUCUUUCGGUAAAGUCACGUAGGUAAAAAUUUAACC